AUGGCCAAAGGUAAAGAUGUCAGAGUCAGAGUUAUUUUAGAAUGUACCAGUUGUGGCCGAAAUGAAAAUGGUGUCACUAAGGAAGUUCCGGGUGUUUCUAGAUAUGUUACUCAAAAGAAUCGACACAAUACACCCAGUCGAUUAGAAUUGAAAAAAUUUUGUCGCUAUUGUAACAAGCAUACAAGUCAUGUAGAAGUAAAGAAAUAG